UAGUUGGGUGCAGGAUGUCCCUCUAAAGAAAAGAAAGGAAAAAAAAAAAAAGAAAACUCUCCUCCAGAAGAGCAGCAGAGGCGAGACAAGCAAGAAGGACUGCAAGAGACCAACUUCUAAAGACUCCCAGAAGAGUUUUUAAAAAACAAAAUGGGUUUUGUGUCGAUUUUUAGCAGGGCCGGGAUUGUCUUCAGUGUGUUUUUGUUGCACUUUGUCCACUUUAAAGCAACAUCUGCAGCCCCUUCUCCUAUUAUCCGAUUCCCUGGAGAUGAUACCCCCAGAACAGACAAAGAAGUCGCACUGCGCUACCUGAACAAGUUUUACGGGUGCCCUCAAGACAGAUGUAACCUGAUGGUGCUGAAGGACACCCUAAAGAAAAUGCAAAAGUUUUUCUCCCUGCAAGAAACCGGCGAGAUCGAUGCCAAGACUGUUGAGACCAUGAAAAAGCCCCGCUGUGGCGUUCCAGAUGUGGCCAAUUACAACUUCUUCCACAGGAAACCAAUGUGGCAGAAGAAUGACGUCACUUACAGAAUCCUGGGCUACAGUCCUGAUCUGGACGAGGAAGUCAUCAACGACGCCUUCUUCCGAGCCUUCAAAGUGUGGAGUGACGUCACGCCGCUUUCGUUCACCCGUCUCAUGGACGGCGAGGCUGAUAUCAUGGUCAAUUUUGGACGCAACGAACACGGUGAUGGUUACCCGUUUGAUGGCAAAGACGGCCUCUUGGCUCACGCUUUCGCCCCUGGACCGGGAAUAGGCGGCGACUCCCACUUUGACGAUGAUGAGCAGUGGACUUUGGGAGACGGCCAAGUGGUGAAGGUGAAGUUCGGCAACGCGGAUGGAGAGUUCUGCAAGUUCCCCUUCCUGUUCAUGGGCACCGAGUACAACAGCUGCACGUCUCAAGGUCGCGACGAUGGAUUCCUGUGGUGCUCCACCUCCUACAACUUUGAUGACGAUGGCAAAUACGGCUUCUGUCCUCAUGAACUUCUGUUCACCCUGGGCGGAAACGGCGACGGCGCACCAUGUAAAUUCCCCUUCACCUUCCAGGGCGAGAAGUACGACGGCUGCACCACAUCUGGCAGAGACGACGGCUACCGUUGGUGCUCCACCACCGAGGACUAUGACCAGGACAAAACCUUUGGUUUCUGCCCUGAGACCGCCAUGUCAACAGUCGGAGGAAACGGCGAGGGCAGUCCAUGCGUCUUCCCCUUCACCUUCUUGGGAGACACCUAUGACUCGUGCACCUCAUCCGGGCGCAGCGAUGGCAAGAUGUGGUGCGCUACUACCAAGAGCUACGACGACGACCGCAAGUGGGGUUUCUGUCCAGACCAAGGCUACAGUUUAUUCCUGGUGGCUGCUCACGAGUUCGGUCACGCCCUCGGCUUGGAGCACUCUCAAGACCCUGGUGCACUGAUGGCUCCGGUCUACACCUUCACCAAAGACUUCAGACUUUCCAGCGAUGAUAUCAAGGGCAUCCAGGAGCUUUACGGUGUUCCUACGGACAAACCCAUGCCUCCAACCCAGGGACCUGUUACCCCUAUGGACAUCUGUAAAGAACCUGUUGUCUUUGAUGCUGUAGCACAAAUUAGAGGAGAGACCUUCUUCUUCAAGGACCGGUUCUUGUUCAGGUCGGUCAACUUCAGAGGCAAGCCCAGUGGACCCAUGCUGGUGGCCACCUACUGGCCAGACCUGCCGAGCAAGAUCAACGCUGCCUAUGAGAACCCAUUGGAGGAGAAGACGGUCUUCUUCUCAGGCAAUGAGAUGUGGGUCUACAAGGCCGACGAGUUGCAGAAGGGCUACCCCAAAAGGCUGAGCAGCCUUGGCCUGCCAAGCGACGUGGAGCAGAUCGACGCCGCCUUCAGCUUUAGGAAGAACAAGAAGACCUACCUCUUUUCCGGCGACAACUUUUGGAGAUAUGAUGAAAACACAAAAGCGAUGGACAGCGGAUUCCCCAAACUUAUUGCUGAAUCCUGGAAUGGCAUCCCAGAUAACGUUGACGCUGCCUUCAGUCUCCACGAAAUUGAUUACAGCUACUUCUUCAAAGGCCAACACUAUUUCAAACUGGAGGACAGCAGCUUGAAGAUCGUGAAGUUGGGUGAAAUCACAAAGGACUGGCUCGGCUGUUGAGCGCCUCUCGAAAAAAGUAUCCGGCUACUCCCUGUGAUGAGGACUUUACCACGCUAUCGUACUCGACUUUGGACUUAUUUACACCGUGAUACUCAUCGACUUGAUGUUCCACGUGUUUAUUUCGAUUCACAUUUACUAUACAAUGUACUCAUAUUUUGUUGUUGUUGUAUUGUUGUCUAGUUGUAUUGUAGUUUUGAACAAAGACAUCAGGUAUGUCCACACUGCAUUGACCACAGUGCUAGAUUGUGCUGUGAGAGGAGGUUGUUAUGAACAGUAAAAGGAAUUCAUGUAGGUGAGGUGUGUAAAGUAGUGUUUUUAUUUUUAAAUGUAUGUUUUUUUAUUAGUUAAUUUGCUCAUAGUUGUGCAAUACAUUUGAAAAAAUGACUUUUGCACAAUCUCUUUGACCGAAUAUGGUGCUUUCGAAACUUUUUUCUGAAGAAAAUGCACACAAUCGGGUGUCAAAUGAAUGGAAAUCAUUACUGUGUAGUUUUAGAUGACGUAUUUUAUUUUGGCACCCAUUUGUAAGUAUAUGCAUUUUGUAUUAUGUUCAUCUGACAAUGUCCAAGACAUUUUUUUUUACAUAUUUUCCUCUCAGUGAGCACUUUUGCAGGAGCUUUGUUUUAUUUUUGACUUAUGGUGAAGAGAGAAGGCACAGGUUGCCUCUUGAGGUUGUGUAGGUUUGAGUACUGCAGUAGUGUUACUAAAAACAUCUUUUUUUCUCCUCUAAAAGUUGUCUAUUAUUUUUUUGUUUGUUGUUUGUAAUGCUUGUGCACUUUGUUACUGUCAGCAAUAAAGAUGGUCAUUAUAACAUAA